UCUGCUCUCACGGUGGUUUCUCAGCUGAAGGGCCAGGCCGGCCCCCUUGCCUUCCCCAUUUCUGGGGGCUCAGAGGUUUCAUGUUGAUGAAAAUCAGGGUGUCGGCUGCUGCAGAGACCCUCACGCAGUGGCCAUGGCGCUGGGUGGCCUUCUCGGGGCCCGCUCUCCCCCUCCUGUGCUGUGGGUGCUGCUGGUCACAGGGUCACUCUCUCGGCCGUCGCCCUCCUCCGCAGCCAGCUGGGAGCCCCUGCAGUGUGAAGGGCCGGCGGGCACCGGGGACGGCGGCUGCCACACUGGCCGGCACCCCACAAGCUCCAGGGAGGUGGGCUUCCAGGCCAAGAGCUACGUGUUCAGCCAGCCCUUCCAUCUGAUUGUGUCCUACGACUGGCUGAUUCUGCAAGGCCCAGCCAUCCCCCUAUUUGAGGGCGACCCCCUGGCUCUGCGGUGCCAGGCCUGGCAGGACUGGCCCCUGACGCAGGUCACCUUCUACCGAGACGGCGCAGCUCUGGGCCCGCCGGGGCCGCGCCGGGAGUUCUCCAUCGCUUCGGCGCGCAAGGCGGACAGCGGGCACUACCACUGCAGCGGGGUCUUCCGGAGCCCCGGCCCCGGGCGCCUGGAAACGGCGUCCUCCUUGGUGCUCACGGUCCAGGAGCUGUUUCCAGCCCCACUGCUGCGAGCCACACCCUCAGCCCGGCCCCGGGAGGGAGGCCCGCUGACCCUGAGCUGCCAGACCAAGCUGCCCCCGCAGAGGUCGGCCGCCCGCCUCCUCUUCUCCUUCUACAAGGACGGCCGGGCCGUGCGCGGCAGGGGUGUGUCCUCGGAGCUGCAGGUGCCCGUGGCCGCGGGCGGCCACUCCGGGGCCUACUGGUGUGAGGCCGCCACCGAGGACGGCCAGGUGUGGAGACGCAGCCCCAAGCUGGAGGUCAGGGUGCAGGGUCCCUCUGGCCCUGUGGCGCCGGCCACCUCCAACCCAGCUCCUCCGAAGUCCUCGGCUCCGGCUCCGGGGACGCCUGCUGCCAAGCCCCUCGGCCCUCCGCCUCCACCGCCCUCCCCUCUGCAGGCACCUGACCCCCACCUGCACCACCAGAUGGGGGUCCUCCUCAAACAAAUGCAGGAUGUGAGAGCGCUCCUUGGUCACCUGGUCUUGGAGCUGAGGGACUUGUCCGGCCACCUGAAGCUGGAGACCAGGAAGGGUCCUGCCAAACGCAAGUGAACCUUUGGCCUGUAGUGUUGCCCAGCCCCCCCCCCCCAAUAAACCGCAUUCUCGUUU